UAAACUAAAAUUCAACGAAUAUACUGCCAACGCAGACUGGCAUGCAUGGGUUCGAGUCCUCGCUAGAAUUACAUGCAGGUGCAAUCCGUUCUUAUUAGAAUGUCUACCGACAAUCGAUUGCCAGCUAGACCAGUAUCGGCCGCAAGACUAUCGCAAUUUGCACGCCUCUGUUGAUAUCGAGAAACAUUAAUAUUGGGCAGCAGCGUCGUCGUCGUUGUCGCGUCACACCUAUAUUUUAUUAUUCGGCGAGUGAGUGCGAGACAGAGAGAGGCGGAGAGGGAGAGAGAGUAGUAGCGCGUAGCCAGCAAAAUAUAUCGGCAGCGGAAUUCCAAUCAGCAGCGCAGCGGACAUAACGGGCAGCAACAAUAACAAUUGCAGUAUCAACUACGCACCGUUUAACGCCCAACCGAACGCCCGCCCGCCCCGGUCCUUGCCACCCCUCCACGCCCCCCGAAACACCCGCACUUUUGGCACAACACACAAACACACACACACACCAAAAUACACACUCACCCACACACACAUACACUUAUCAUCCGAGCGACAAGAAAAAAAGAACCGACCGCAUUUAUCAUUUGCACAUCGCACAUCACAUCGCAUUGUUUGCUAUUGUUGUCUGCUCGGUUUUGCACGCGAAGGAGCAGACAAAGAGGACGCGCCGCGGAGGAGGAGGCGGAGUAGGAGGUGGAGUAGGAUCCUGAGACAAAGGAUCCGCAAAGCGGCGGCCGUAUAAUCGCAUUAUCUAUGGGUCAAAAGGCGAGCACUCCGGCGACCAGCGGCCAACAGAGUCCGCGUUCCAGGACCUUCUCGAGCAGUUCUACAGGUGCCGCUGACCAGCAGCCGCCGAAUCCCGGGCAGAACCGCGGCGGCCCGAACGAUGCCGGCCAGGGCUUCAACCUGCUGCGCACUCUGCCCGGGCUGCAGGUGUACCACAACCACCAGAACUCCACGUCCAUCGAUCGCCAGCGGGCGCGGAGUCUGAGCUCCGUGCCGGACAUCCAGCAGCAGGCGGCGCAGCAGCAGCAGGGAUCGAUCACCUCCUCGGGCAGCAGUCCGCACUCGCAUCCGCACGCGGCCCACGGCCAUCCGGCGGUCGGGGUUUCCGUCUCGGCGAACGCGAAUGCGAACAGCAACAGCAGCUUCCCGGCAGCCGGGAACAACAACGGAUCCGCCACCCAGUCGUACAUGCAGCAGAGGCGCACCCUCGGGGACUCCAUUCGGGACAUGUCAAUGACCGGCAGCAAUAUCGCCGAGAGCAUCGCCCUCGCCGCUUCCGCCACAUCCGCCAACGGGAUCGGGCGGGUGUACACGGCCACCUCGCUUCCAUCGCACAUCUGGUCCUUCAAUGGUAUCAAGUGCCCCGUGUGCAAUAAGUUUGUGUUGCCGGACGACAUUGAAUGCCAUUUAGUCAUGUGCCUAACGAAACCGCGACUCUCAUAUAACGAGGACGUUUUGUCGGACGCCAAGGGCGAGUGCGUCAUCUGCCUUGAAGACCUGAGUCCGGGGGACACCAUUGCCAGGCUGCCCUGUCUCUGCAUAUAUCACAAAGGAUGCAUCGACCGUUGGUUUGAGGUGAACCGCUCCUGCCCCGAGCAUCCUGGAGAUUAGUAAUCCUCGCUAGAGCUCGCCGAGUUGUUUGUGUGGUGCGUUACGCAAGCGAGGAGAGGUAAUGGAGCAGGAAAGAAACUGGAAACGGCCAGCUGGACGCGGUGAGAAGGAGGGGUUAAUCUCUGGGUUGGGACGCAGAUCUCAGGCCCAGUUACUAAACACUUUGGACCUAUUCGACACCGCGACGCGAUGGAGCUGAAAGUCAAGAGCGUGGGGGAUAUGGGAUAAAGUAUGGGAGUAUGGGAGAGGCUAUGCCACAAAUGCUGAUCUAAAUAGUGGGAUCGAGCCAUCGAUCACUUGACCUACCGACCGACCGAUCGACUGCUGAUGGAACCCAAACACACACAAAUCAAUUGAAACAAAUUAAUUUACAAUGCUAAACUGGCAAAAAAAAAAAGUAAUAAUAAUAAAAACAUAAGUAACGAAAUCAACCAACCCACAAAAACUACAACAACCAGAAGAUAAUGAUGACGGGAGGAGUGUAAAGCGAAGCAACCAACCAACCAACAAAAGAAUGUCAACCAAUGUGAUGUUAAAUUUUAUAUUUUGUACUAUGGAUAAUGAUGUAAUUGUAACUGUAAUGUAUAUGUAUGUAUUUAUUAUUUUAAACAGGACUAAAAUAGGAUAAACACAAAACGCAAGCGUAAGGAGAACACACAAAAAAUAACAAUAACAAAUACUAUUAAUAAUUAUGCUAAAUUAGAAAACAAACGAAAACAAAAAGCAAAGCAACCAAAAACAUGCAAAAAAAAAAAAAGGAAAAAAUCUAACGUCAAAUAAGAUUGAAAAGUAACGAAGAUAGAAAAAAAGAUUCCCCUCUCGGUGUAUUUUAAGAUUUGUUUUACGAUCGCAAUCAGUUCUCUUUGUGUUUAUCCAUUAGUUAUCGCUAGUUAUAUUUAAAUUAUUUUAAUUUUUAUAUCCAUGUUUGUUAUCAACAUUUUGUUUGUGUUUCUGUUUAACAAACAAAAAAAAAAAUUAAUUGACAAAAAUCGAAUGAGAAAUAUUUUAAAUAUUGGCCCCUAUUUGUAAUUAUUUGUCAAUGUGAAGUUCUGGUCAAACGAAAGCUGAGGACAAAUCCGAAUGUAUUUUUUUUUUUUUUUUUUGUCGAAAGCUUUGAACUGGCCAUAAAUCCGAUAUCCGCAGACAUUGUUAAUAAAUUGUAGACGAUGCAGAGGCAGCUCAGAGUAAAAAAAAAACUUUAAGAUAAAACUUGAAGCGGCUGCAUCGCUCACAAUUCAGCAUUCGUCUCGGGCGCCGUUUGCCUUGAAGCUGUGCGUUUAUUAUCAUUACUGAUUAUUACUACAUAUUUGUAAAUUACUACCCCAUUAAGUUUACUAUCCUUGCUCAUCGAUAAACGGAUCGCAGCCAGGAUUGCGUCGAUGCGAUGAUCCGCCAAAGUUUCCUUAGCAACCGAAGCAACAGCAGCGACGGCGGCAGCACGUAAGAACUAUUUUGUAAAUGAUAUACUUUAAUGUACUGUACAGAUAUACACCCCAUACACAUAUGGCAUAUAUAGAACGUUGUAUAUGUAUAUUAUAUAUAUAAAUUGUAACUGUAUAACUAUAGCGUUGCAUUGAGCGAUUGGGUAUACAACUGAUUUCAAUACAAAAGUAAACGACAGAAUAAAAGCGAUAAACGUAACAUUAAAUGCAAA